CUGUUAUCGCCGCCUAGAGCUUGUCCGCGAUACAACGCUUGCCUAUCUCGAUUAUUACCUCUGACGAUCAUCUCGUCGCGCGGGCGCGAGAUUCGGUACUUCUGCUCCCUCGUUCUCACCAACUUCGGACUGCGAGUUAUAGGCGGGCUUCCUCGCUAAACUGGAUUCGGCUACACGACUAUGUCGCAGAUAUCUAGGAGAAGCUAUGGCAGCUUUUCGCACGAGCGGAGGAUAUCCAAGCAUCGGGUGACGGAUGAGGAACUAUUCAACUAUACCCUCCGCGUAGCAUUGCUUGCAUAUCUUAUGCAGCCCAAGCCGGAGGUGCAAUCUCAGAAUACUGAAUCCGAGCGCCGGGAACGCGAAUAUGUGGCCCGCUUGCAAGGCGCCGUGUCCAACUCGCUCGUGUCGAUCGGAGAUCUGUUCAAGGACACGCUACGAGAUGGCCCGAAAACUGUGCAGUUCCCGGAGAAGAUGUUGAAAGUGCUUGACAAACGGUUGGAAAAGAUUGGCAUGGCGCAGGAUCCAUCCUUCUCCGACGCCCUCACACGGCGCGUGCUCAUUGCCUUCUGGAACGGCACCAUGUCCAAGCCCGAGUUCAAACGACAGAUGAAGGACAACCGCAAGAUUGAAGACCUCAUCCUCAUGUUCGUCACCAACACCACCAACGCGCUCAAGAAAGAGCCCUCCCUCGGCACGGACGGGUGGAAGACCGAGCUGAACAACCAGAUCGCGACCUUCAUCCGGCUCCUGCGCGAGUGCCUCCGCAGCGUGCACCACGUCCCGCCCGAGUUGAUCUCGAGGCUGGAUAUGUACACCGCGAAGCUCGCGCCGCCGAAGACGCAGAGCGUAUACAGCGAUUCUGGGUACGAUUCCGGGUCACAAGCGGGGAACCGAGACUCGCUGUAUGGAUCGCCGGUGGUCGGCGUCAGCACGAACGUGUCGGACAUGCCCCUCGUGAAAACUGUGGCGCAAUUGUUUAAGGUUGAUGACCAGACUGCGCAGCGGGAGAUCGACACGCUGAGACAAGUUUGCCAUGAACGAGCAGCGCUGACGGACCUGAAGACGUGCUUGAAGAACAUCAACGCGGGGUCACCAUUUCCUGGCCGACGAGAAGACUUCGAUAGCGAUGCCGCGUGGCAGUACUGGCGCACACUCGAAACCUCCCAUCUCUCCCAACUCAUGGUCGUCAUGGUCCAGCUUAACCCAGAGCUCGCGAAAUCGACCCCCUCCGACGCUUUCCCUCAGUCCCCAGGCGGCAGCGCACGACCAGGUUCUAUCUACUCCCAGACAGGCUCCUUCCACCCCUCUCGGGGGUCCAUCAGCAGCCGAAAGUCGUUCUUAGCCGGUUCCGGCAACCCCGACGCGGUGAGCGCCGAAAUCGACGGCGACGACGAAAUCCAAGUCGGGCACAACUUCACUUUCAUUCCACCUAACCCGAAGAAGUAUUACCGUCGCUUGUUGGAAAUAUGCAUCACGGCGGACCUGGAGGCAAUGUUCAGCGAUGCCGUCAAUGACGACGACGAAGUCUCGCUUGGCAUCCUGACACCACCCCAUAUUGAGCUCAUCAAUGAAUGCGCGUUAAGGUGGAGAAUUGGGCAACCGUAUCGGGCGGCCUGCUUCUUGGACUUGGUGAAGCAGUUUUACGAGCGGAAUGAUGUGCCGCUGGAGUGCAUACCGGAGGCCCUUCAAACUAUUCACAAGGUGAUGACCGAGAUUGAGCUUGACAAAUGGCCCAUACAGGACUCCGAUUAUCUAGCACAAGUCUACGGCGGACUCUUCAACAUCUUCUUAUCCGCUCUCUACCACGCGCUCGACGGCAUUCCCCAUCUUAAAGCGUCCGACGUGGCUCCAUACCUAUCCAUCCUGGAACACGUUCGCGACAGCGGCCUGCUCGACAGAUUUGAAGUCGACGUCGGCGCCAGGAUCGCGGAGAUACAGGACAAAGUUCGCGAGCUGUCCCAACGGGUGUACGAGGAGAAAAUGCAAGAGUUCAUGGCACAACGAGGAGUCAACUCGGCGUUGCCGCUGCUGCUCAUGACGGACGAGAUUGAGAAGAACGCCAAGUUGUUGGAUAAGCGGUUCCCGGAACCGUUGCUGGGACAACUGGACCUCGUGGCGUUGUAUGUUGAAGUUCAGAUACCAAUGUACAUCUCGGACUUGUCGCAGUCGGGGAAACGGUUAUCUGAAGGAGCGACGAACGGCCCAACACCGGACGUGCCUAUACAAGAUCUCUUCGCGCUUUAUCGCAGAACGAAGACUAUGCUCAGCAUGCUCAAAGCUUUCUGUCCGAAUGUCGAACCUCAUUUUGAUGAUGGCGUGUUCUUCGAACCAUAUGUGCGGCAAUGGCUCGUUAUCACCGACAGUAAAACCGCGCAAUGGGUCAAAGCAGCGAUUGAAGCUGAUAAGUGGGAAGCCGAGGGCGAUGCUGGCCAUAGUUCAUCUAUCGUCGAUCUCUUUGAUUCUCUACGCAGUCCAAUCAAGACCCUGGAAGAUUUGGAAUGGUCUGACCCUUACCAGGAAGCUCGGUUCUUGACCAGCUUGGCGAAGACUAUUAGCAAGGCUGUUGAACAGUAUUGUCGUAGCGUGGAGGAACUGUUCAUGGCCGAGAUGUACCCUCGACCUGCAGAAUUCUUGCAACCGCAAAAAUCUUCAGCCUGGCUGGAAAAGGCCAAACAGCUCGCGAUCACUGAGAAAAAGAUCGAGGUGUUCAACUUCAAGCCGGAGUCCUGCGUCAAGCUGAACAACGUGGAGAGCGCGCGGAAACUACUCGAUAACCUGUACAGCCAGAUGGAAGCGGACAAGAUUGCGGAGAUAAUCGAGCAGAGCGCGCCUCCUGUGCCUGCGAAGGUUGAGCGACCGCGGUUCUUGUUCACGGUCAAGAUAUCCGUUGCGGAAGGUUUAGUGCCUUUGGAUAGCAGCCCGUCGUCACUCCUGGACACUUUCGUCACUCUCAGCGACGAAGCCGGUAAUCGUCUCGCUAAAACGCGGACGAUUUAUGAAACCCUCUGUCCUCGCUGGGACGAAACCUUCGACCUAUCUGUAGACAAGCCCUUGUGGUUGAUGGUUAGCGUCCGAGACCGUGCGUUAGUGGGAAAACACGACACGAUUGGCCGAGCAUACAUCUGUCUUGACCCCAAGCGAUUUGGCGAUUUCUUGACGCAUGAUCUCUGGCUGGACUUGGAUAGGCCGGGACGCAUCCUUCUUCGUGUCAGUAUGGAAGGCGAGAAGGACGACAUCCUUUUCUUCUUUGGACGCGCGUUCAGGUCAUUGAAGCGAGCGGAGGGCGACAUGGUCAGAAUCUUCAUAGACAAGAUGUCGCCCUUGAUUAGGCAAACACUGUCGAGAAACGUUCUCAAAACCCUCACGAAGACCGGCUAUUCAUUGGACUACAACAAGGCCCUAGGCAAUGUAACCGCGUUGUAUCGCUCCGCCGUGGGUCAGGCCUCAAACGAGAUUCAAGUACCGCUGCCCUCGGACGAGAAGCCGCGCAUCCGGCCUGAAGAGCUGACGGACGUCCAGAUCGAGCAGGUCUUGGCCCCUCUCUUCGACUACUUCGACAACAACCUUCCGACCAUCAACACCUGCCUGGUCGACGCCGUGAAGCAGAUGGUCAUGACCAGGAUCUGGAAGGAGAUCCUCACUGUCAUCGAGGGCUUGCUCAUACCCCCGCUAUCCGAUGUUCCUAGUGACCUGAAACCUCUCACUGACAAGGAGGUGGAUAUCGUCUUCAAGUGGUUGAAGUUCCUUCGAGACUACUUCUAUAUCGACGGUGAAGGGCCCCUGUCCCUCGAAGAGCUCCAGAACCAGAGGUAUCGUGACAUCUUGUCGAUCCGACUGUACUACGAUUGGCAUUCGGAUGCCCUAAUGGAGGAGUGCGUGCGGAUGAUGCAGCAGACGCUCCGCGAGUCUUCUACCGUGACUAAGCGCUCGAAAAGCGUGUACAACCAGCGCAACCUGGGAACGAUCAAGGAUCGCAAGCGGGAGAAGAAGAAGGAGAAGAACGAGGUGUCCAACGGUGCGGAGACGAUCAUGCGUAUCCUGCGCAUGAGGCCGAGAACUCAGGAAUUCAUCGCGCAACAGAUGCAAAUCAUGACCGCCGUGCAGCAGGAGCAGGAAGCGCGCGCCCAGGCACAAGAGCGGAAGAAGCUGCAGCGCCCGCGAAGCCAGGUGCAGCCGCAAAUACCCCCGGUUCCUGCCGUCCCUCCGAUAUAAAAACCUCUCUCGAUUUUCUGCUUUCUUCUUCUACCUCUGUGUGGCACUCCUCGCGAUACCUCGGAUUUUCUUUCCUUGUUCCUGCCAUAUACUCAUUGCUCUUGCUAUUGGAUGUUUUGCUCUAAUACCUCGAUGUUUCUAUGUGGAUCAGCUUGGUGCCGAAUCUUAAUCUCGUUUUCGC